UGUUUUAAAGUGGGUAAUCUUGUGAAAGAGCUAGUUAGCUUCAGUUCCCACAACUGCAGACUGACCUCCGCUCCCAAGAUGGCUGGUGUACGAGCCCUUGGCGUUCUCUCCCGAUUGACAGCAAAGAGAUAUGCGCUAUUCACAGGCACUAAUUUUCGCACAUUCUCAGUAGCUCCUGCCAUGAUGGCGCGGACCCAUGUGAACUAUGAAGUCAAGGGAGAUGUUGCUGUGGUGCGGAUCAAUGACCCAAACUCCAAGGUGAACACACUCUCCGUGCAAAUGCAAACGGAGAUGGCGGAGGUGAUGAAUGAAGUGUGGGCCAACGAUGCUGUUCAAAGUGCUGUCCUCAUCUCGUCGAAGCCAGGGUGCUUCAUUGCGGGAGCUGAUAUUAAUAUGAUCCAGGCCUGCAACAGUACAGAAGAGGUCACCAAACUUUCUCAGGAAGGGCAGAAGAUGUUCGAGAAAAUUGAAAAAUCUCCGAAGCCCGUUGUCGCUGCCAUCAAUGGGUCUUGCUUAGGAGGAGGUUUAGAGUUCGCCAUUGCCUGCCAGUACAGAGUUGCAACAAAGAGCAAGAAAACUGUUCUCGGUACUCCCGAAGUAAUGCUGGGUCUUCUGCCUGGAGCUGGUGGUACACAAAGACUCCCCAAAAUGGUCGGUAUCCCCAAUGCCUUCGACAUGAUGCUGACCGGAAGAAAUAUCCGAGCAGACAAAGCCAAGAAGAUGGGCCUUGUUGACCAACUCGUAGACCCUCUAGGGCCUGGACUGAAGAGUCCAGAGGAAAGAACAAUAGAGUACCUCGAAGAAGUCGCCAUCGAAUGUGCCAGAGGAAUCGCCAACAAGAAGAUUUCUCUACGCAAAGAGAAAGGCAUGAUGCAGAAAAUCCAAGACUACGUUAUGGGCAUUAAGUUUGUACGGGAACAGAUCUACAAAACAGUCCAUGGAAAAGUUAUGAAGCAGAGCAAAGGCCUUUAUCCAGCACCUCUGAAAAUCAUUGAAUGUGUGAAGACUGGACUGGAGCAGGGCCCCACUGCUGGAUACUUGGCUGAGUCUCAGAAUUUUGGUCAUCUGGCAAGAACCUCAGAGUCGGCAGCUCUGAUUGGUCUGUACCACGGUCAAGUCGCCUGCAAAAAGAACCGCUUUGGAACCCCUCAGAAAGAAGUGAAGACUCUUGCCAUCUUGGGAGCAGGCCUGAUGGGAGCAGGUAUUGCCCAGGUGACUGUGGACAAAGGUGUGCACACAAUCCUGAAGGACACCACUGUGGAUGGACUGUCCAGAGGAGAACAGCAGGUUUUCAAAGGGCUCAACGACAAGACAAAGAAGAGGAGCAUCACGUCAUUUGAGAGAGACUCUAUUCUGUCCAAUUUAACCGGCCAGCUGGAUUACAGGGGCUUCGAAAAGGCCGACAUGGUUAUUGAAGCUGUGUUUGAAGACAUCAAAAUCAAGCAUGCAGUAGUGAAGGAGGUGGAGGCUGUUGUCUCCCCUAACUGCAUAUUCGCCAGCAACACAUCUGCUCUGCCCAUUAAAGACAUCGCUGCUGCAAGCAAGAGACCAGACAAGGUUGUGGGAAUGCACUACUUCUCUCCAGUGGACAAGAUGCAGCUUCUUGAGAUUAUAACUACUGAUAAGACGUCGAAAGACACGACAGCCUCUGCUGUGGCGGUCGGCCUGAAGCAGGGCAAAGUCAUCAUAGUCGUCGGGGAUGGACCUGGAUUCUAUACGACAAGGUGUCUGGCUCCCAUGUUGGCUGAAGCAGUACGAGUGCUUCAGGAAGGUAUUGACCCCAAGAAGUUGGAUGCCCUCACCACAAGCUUUGGGUUCCCGGUGGGCGCAGCAACACUGGCCGACGAGGUCGGCAUUGACGUUGCUGCCCACGUGGCCGAGGACCUCGGCAAAGCUUUUGGUUCCCGCUUUGGUGGCGGAAAUGUGGAGGUUUUGAAGACCAUGGUGGACCAGGGAUUCAAGGGUCGCAAAUCAGGAAAAGGUUGCUACGUCUACCAGCCAGGAAGUAAAGCCAAACAGGUUAACCCAGAUAUUGGAGACAUCCUGGAGAAAUUUAAGAUGACACCAAACCCUGCUGUUUCAUCGGACUCUGAUGUGCAGUACAGGCUUGUUUCCCGAUUCGUCAACGAGGCCGUGCUGUGUUUGCAAGAGGGCAUUUUGAACAACCCCUUGGAAGGAGACAUCGGCGCUGUGUUUGGGCUGGGAUUCCCCCCGUUCCUCGGAGGUCCUUUCCGUUUCGUGGACAGCUUCGGCGCUGACAAACUGGUGGCCAAGAUGAGGCAAUUUGAAGCCGUCUACGGAAAUCAGUUCACGCCGUGCCAGCUCCUACUGGAUCACGCAAAAGACGCCAGCAAGAAAUUUCACAAGUGACCGACUCACCGUGUGUGCCAGUAGCUCCAUAAUAAUAAAAUAAUAAUAAUAAUAAUAAUAAUAUAAUAAAACUCUACUAUGCCACUAGGAUGUGCCUAACAUUUCUAUCAUGCGUAGAGGGUAAACAUGCAGUGAAUGGAAAUACACCUUGUUGACAGUUUAUUGGGUGCACCAGCCUUAAAUGCUGCCAUAUAAUCCUACAAUAAGCCCUUUAUUUUAUAGUUUUGGAGAGGUGUUGUGUUUAAUGAGCUGUUUCUAGGUAGAAAGAUAUUAAAAUUAGGCACCUUCCAAAAUUGUACCAUCACAAUCCUCAUGGUCCGACUGUAUUAGUGGUUAACAGGUGUAUCUAAUAAACUGGAAACUGGGCAAUGUCUUUUACAGCAUUGACUGGAUGUUUAGCUUAAAGGGGCAUACGGAGGCCAAUUAUUCACACAUCGCCUAUGUACAAACAAUGUAGAUGCAUAAGAAUUAAACACCCAGGUUCCAACAGGGAGUUUAAUUCUUAAUUAUUAAUGAAUGUCUACCAGUAUGGUUUCGGGGAAAUGUCUUUUCAUUUUUGUACAUUGAAGACUUUUCCGGCUUUGGUUUGGAUGUAAAUGUGACGCUUGAAUAAAAAUAAAACAAUUUUGUUAUUGAA